AUGGACACACAAGCAGGAAUAUCUCAGAAGGACAUCUAAUGUUAUCGCUGGAUUGUGAAAGAAGAGAUAAUGACAGUAGACAGGAUUCUUCAGGAGCUAAUCCCAUUACCCCAAUUAUUCAUCCAACUCUAUCAACUGAUCCCUCUGAUCCUGGGAAAUGUUCUCCUGAUCACUCUGAUAUUGGUGCAUCUGUUACAGCUCUGACAGUAGAUACAGUGUUUCCCUGUUCUAUAGAUGUCAAAUAUUUUACACAGAACACUAAGCCUAUUAACCCACAGGCAGGUGAGAUGCCAUUUCCGUGUUCUGAUUGUGGGAAAUGUUUUACAUACAAAUCGUAUCUUCUUAGACAUCACAGAAGUCACACAGGUGAGAAGCCAUUUCCAUGUUCUGAGUGUGGGAAAUGUUUUGCACACAAAUCAGAUCUUGUUCAACAUCACAGAAGUCACACAGGUGAGAGGCCAUUUCCAUGUACUGAGUGUGGGAAAUGUUUUGCACGGAAAUCACAUCUUGUUGAACAUCAGAGAAGUCACACAGGUGAGAAGCCAUUUCCAUGUUCUGAGUGUGGGAAAUGUUUUGCACACAAAUCAGAUCUUGUUUCACAUCAGCGAAGUCACACAGGUGAGAAUCCAUUUCCAUGUUCUGAGUGUGGGAAAUGUUUUGCACACAAAUCAGAUCUUCUUAGACAUCAGAGAAGUCACACAGGGGUGCAGCCAUUUUCUUGCUCUGAGUGUGGGAAAUGUUUUUCCUGGAAAUCGCAACUUGUUACACAUCAGCGAAGUCACACAAGUGAGAAGCCAUUUCCAUGUUCUGAGUGUGGGAAAUGUUUUGCACAGAAAUCACUUCUUGUUAUACAUCAGAAAAGUCACACAGGUGACAAUCCAUUUUCUUGCUCUGAGUGCAGGAAAUGUUUUACCCAGAAAUCACUACUUGCUACACAUCAGCGAAGUCACACAGGUGAGAAGCCAUUUCCAUGUUCUGAGUGUGGGAAAUGUUUUGCACACAAAUCAGAUCUUGUUAAACAUCACAGAAUUCACACAGGUGAGAAGCCAUUUCCAUGUUCUGAGUGUGGGAAAUGUUUUGCACACAAAUCAGAUCUUGUUUCACAUCAGCGAAGUCACACAGGUGAGAAGCCAUUUCCAUGUUCUGAGUGUGGGAAAUGUUUUGCACACAAAUCAGAUCUUGUUACACAUCAAAGAAGUCACACAGGUGAGAAGCCAUUUCCAUGUUCUGAGUGUGGGAAAUGUUUUGCACACAAAUCAGAUCUUCUUAGACAUCAGAGAAGUCACACAGGUAAGAAGCCAUUUUCUUGCUCUGAGUGUGGGAAAUUUUUUGCACUCAAAUCAUUUCUUGUUAGACAUCACAGAAUUCACACAGGUGAGAAGCCAUUUCCAUGUUCUGAGUGUGGGAAAUGUUAUGCACACAAAUCAGAUCUUGUUUCACAUCAAAGAAGUCACACAGGUGAGAAGCCAUUUCCAUGUUCUGAGUGUGGGAAAUAUUUUGCACACAAAUCAAAUCAUCUUAGACAUCAGAGAAGUCACACAGGUGAAAAGCCAUUUUCUUGCUCUCAGUGUGGGAAAUGUUUUUCCCGGAAAUCAAAACUUGUUAUACAUCAGCGAAGUCACACAGUUGAGAAUCCAUUUCCAUGUUCUGAGUGUGGGAAAUGUUUUACACAGAAAUCACAUCUUGUUAAUCAUCAGCAAAGUCACACAGGUGAGAGGCUAUUUCCAUACUCUGAGAAAUAAAUCAGCUCUUGUUGCACAAAAUA